CACCUCUCACGCCACUAUAAAACUUGGCUUUUCCUCCUCUCUCUAUCUCCUUCCUAUUGAUUCCCCUACCUUUCUUGUGUUCACAAGCUUCCUCUAACAAGCUUAGCUUCUCUCUCUGCUUCGUUUUCCUCUGAGAUCCUGGUUUGUCUCCGGUUCUUACUGAAGCUGCAGUCCAUAGCGUUUGCAAUUCCAACAAGAGAUCGAUCAUGGUGGAGCGUAGUGUCAAAUCAGAGCAUGGAGGCGGCUUGUUUCUGCCUCCCGGGUUCAGGUUCCAUCCCACAGACGAGGAGGUCAUCACAAGCUAUCUCCUGGAGAAGUUCUUGAACCCUAGCUUUGACCCACAAGCCAUUGGGGAGGUGGACCUCAACAAGUGCGAGCCAUGGGAUCUCCCAAGCAAGGCGAAGAUGGGGGAGAAGGAAUGGUUCUUCUUCUGCCACAAGGACAUGAAAUACCCGACGGGGAUGCGCACCAACCGCGCCACCAAGGAGGGCUACUGGAAGGCCACCGGCAAGGACAGGGAGAUCUUCAAGCCGGCUGCUGCUGCAGGUGCAGGCCGUGAGCUGGUGGGUAUGAAGAAGACACUCGUGUUCUACAUGGGCAGGGCUCCAAGGGGAUCCAAGACCAACUGGGUGAUGCACGAGUUCCGCCUCGAGGGAAAGUCUAGGCACAACAACGCCAAACUACGCUUCAAUCCUAAGGAUGAAUGGGUUGUGUGCAAGGUGCACCACAAGAAUGGGGAAGCCAAGAAGCCCGCCGAGGAGUACUCUGCCAGCACGCCCAACGUCAGCUCCGUGAUUUCAGAUGACGCCGGCGAAGGAGAUGACUUUCUAGACUCCAUGAUCAAUCCCAUGUACUUCAACAACGCCGGCAGCCUGCCCACCAGCACUACGACCGUCAACGCCGCGCCGCCGCAAAACGCGGACUACGCAAUUUCUUCUACCGCCGCGGGAGCUACGACGGGCACGACGAGUAGCUUCGUCAACCUUCCUAACUACGGCUUCAACGACACAACAAGCAUCAACAACCUGCACCAGGUCGCUCUGGCCAAUUCAGCAGCUCCAAGAAGCAGCUUCAGCUCCUCGUGGAACAUGCUUCACGCAGACCAUAAUCAGGCAAUGGGAAGCUACAACUUGCAUCACCAGGCAAUGGUGGCGAAAGCUCUAGGAGGAGUCAUCUCUCCAAAUUUCGCUGGUGGUUUACCGGAGUCGUCGGUGACAGGAAUUCUGCAGCAGAAUUCAGUGGGCAUGCCGCAGCAGAAGCUACCAGGGAACUACGGGGAAUUUUAUGCCAAUCAUCUUAAAAAGUAGUGCUGGUGCUGGUGCCAUUGGACCAGCUGCUAAGAAUUUAGGUGAUCAGAUAGUGCGCUACUAAAUGGAUACUUGUUUAGUGAUCGUUUUAUAGUUUUUUGUGGCAGUUUUGUUGGUUGCUUAAUUCAUUAAUUAGGUCGAAAACCUGAGAGAUCAUGCAUGCUAGCUGUUUGUUUUAGGUGCUGUGUAAAAAGGAUGGUGAUUUUGUUUGUUGGUGAGAAUUUGUUCCUUGUGUUUGGUGCUGAUAUUUUUAUGCAUCGGGACUUAAUUGGUUUCUACAGUUUU